AUGAAGUUUACCGGUGUUGCAGCUCUUCUGUGCUUUGCGCAACUGGUCCAGCCAUGUCUUCUGCCAGAGGAGUCCACCUUUGAGGGUGCUGCUACCGUUGUGCGCAGACAGAACGGAAACAAUGGAUUGGCAAUUGGAACUGGAGAUCGAUUCAAGGAGGGAACAGUCGCACCACGAGGAUUGGGUACUCAACCAGCAGGUACUCAACUCGGUCCCAUAAUGAGCGCUAAAGAAGUCAAGAGUGCUUUCAAUGGAUUGGCAAAGGAGUAUGGUUUACAGACCUUUACCGCCCCAUAUACUACCUACGAGAAUGCAACUCUCUUCGGUGGUAUGAUCGGUGGAAAGUUUGAGGGAAAAUGUACCGAGUCCUACCGUGUGUUCUUCAACGCGGCAAUCCACGCUCGUGAACGUGGUUCUUCCGACAAUCUCUUAUACUUUUUGGGAGAUUUACUUUACGCAAACAAGAACAAGCUCGGUCUCACAUAUGGAGGACGAACCUACACCGCUCUCCAGGUCCGCAAGGCCAUUUCUACCGGAAUUGUCUUUCUUCCAUUGAGCAACCCUGACGGAGUGGCAUACGAUCAAGCUACAAACUCAUGCUGGAGAAAGAACCGGAACCCAGCAUCCGCGACCCCAGGUAAUGCUGCCUCCAUCGGUAUCGACUUGAACCGAAACUUCGAUUUCCUCUGGGACUUUCCCAAGAAAUUCACACCUACAGUCGCACCAAACGUCGCCUCCAACAACCCAGCCGCCCAAACUUUCCACGGCACCUCCCCCUUCUCCGAGCCUGAAACCAAAUCCAUCAAAUGGGUGAUGGACAAGUUCUCCAAACUCCGCUGGUUCCUCGACAUCCACUCUUACACCGGCGUCGUCCUCUACAACUGGGGCAGCGACGAAUCCCAAAAAGACAUCCCAGGCAUGAACUUCCUCAACUCCACCUACGACUCCGUCCGCGGUCUCAUGCCAGAUGACCCCUCAAAGGGCAUCGUCUAUUCAGAAUACAUCCCCACCACCGACUGGAAAGAGAAGAUAUACGCCGCCAUGCGCAUGGGCAACGCGAUGGACGCCUCGACCGGUCGACACUACGAGGUCACGCAAUCCGCGUACCUCUACCCCACAUCCGGCGCGUCUGACGAUUACGCAUACUCCCGCCACUUCGCGGACCCAGCAAAGGAGAAGAUUCACGGUUAUACGGUUGAGUUUGGCUUUGGCAAUUCGGCGAGCAGUUGUCCGUUUUAUCCGACGAGCGAGCAGUAUCACUUGAAUUUGAUGGAGACUGCCGCGGGGUUUAUGGAGUUCUUGCUUUCGGCCGAGGAGAUUGGGUUGGGUGAUCGGGGGGCUUGUGUUACGCCUAUUUAG